AGAAAUGAUCAGCUAAUGGGGUAGUUUCCGGCAACGAAUUGCCAUUUUAAACCAUCAUGUAUGCCCCAGAUUCUAAUUGUAAUUUCUGUAAGCCCUAAUAAAAGUGAAAGCGAUGUUAGAUUAGCUUUUAAUGUCUACAGACGUAGAUCGGAUGAUCCCUCUGGCUUCCAAAGGGUGUCAGAAGUAAAUGGAAUUUACGCAUGCGCAAUGUGUUACAACGGAGGUGUGCGCUUGCCAUCUAGGAACUUCUGUAUGACAAAUUUUAACUGUUGUACAUAAACGGUACUGUUUCUGCAAAAUGCAACUACUUCUUGUACGAGUCAACGUGUCUGGAUAAAAUGUUGCUAUAGCUGCACAACUGCCGUUUGCCCAUGGUGCCUUGCGAAAUAUUAUGAUGCGGAAGCACGAAUGAACGGCAACUUUCGCAGACGCUUCAUUGCAACGUUUUUCAUUUGAAAGUUUUUGUUCCGCGCCCUUGGACUGACAGAGAAGGCUUGUAAAUUCGGAGACCGGACAUGGCGGACAGCGGUGAGACGCCGGAAUGCGCUGUCGAACCCAAAAUCAUUAAGGUGACAGUGAAGACUCCGAAGGAGAAAGAGGAGUUUGCAGUGGCAGAAAACAGCACCGUCAAACAGUUUAAAGAGCGAAUCUCCACGCGGUUUCAAGCACGAGCGCAGCAGCUGGUUCUCAUCUUCGCCGGGAAGAUCCUGAAAGACUCGGAUCUGCUGACUCAACACGGCAUCCAGGAUGGAGUGACUCUCCACUUAGUCAUCAAGGCGCAGAGCAGGUCCCUGGACCCCGCAGCUCCCCCCUCCAGCAGCAGCGUGGCAGUGUCCCCGGACCCUGGGAGCACAGCCCCCCCAGCCCCCACCUCCUCCUCCAGCACCCCAGCCAGCUUUGGUGGGCUGGCUGGGUUGGGUCCGGGCUCGGGUAGCUUUUGGGAGCUGCAGGUGCAGAUGCAGAGGCAGCUGGUGUCGAACCCAGAAAUGAUGGGACAGAUCAUGGGGAACCCGUUUGUGCAGAACCUGCUGACGGACUCGGACCUGAUGAGGCAGCUGAUCCUGGCGAACCCCCAAAUGCAGCGGCUCAUCCAGCGCAACCCCGAGAUCAGCGGCAUGCUGAACAACCCUGACGUCAUGAGACAGACGCUGGAGCUGGCACGGAACCCUGCCAUGAUGCAGGAGGUGAUGCGUACUCAGGACCGGGCGCUUGGCAACCUGGAGACCAUCCCUGGGGGGUACAGCACCCUCCGCAGGAUGUGCACGGAUGUGCAGGAGCCCAUGAUGAGCACCGCCCAGGAACAGUUUGGGGGGGGCCCUUUGGCCUCGCUGGGGAGUAGCAGUGACACCACGGCUCCACCCUCUCGUCCUGAGAACGGAGACCCUCUGCCCGACCCCCCCGCCCCGCCCACAUCCUCAACCUCACCAACACGCCCGGCUACACCCGCGCCUUCUGCGCCCACCUCCAGCCCCGCCCCACCUAAUAUGGGAUCUGUCCUGGGAGGUAUGCUGAGCACUCCGGGGAUGCAGGCUCUGCUGCAGCAGAUGGCUGAGAACCCGCAGCUGAUGCAGAGCAUGCUGUCGGCCCCCUACAUACAGAGCCUGAUGCACAGCCUGAGCCAGAACCCUGAGCUGGCAGCACAGAUGAUGCUGAAUAAUCCACUGUUUGCGGGGAACCCACAGUUGCAGCAGCAGAUGAGACUACAACUCCCAGUGUUCCUGCAGCAGAUGCAGAACCCAGAGAUACUCUCUGCCAUGUUGAAUCCGCGCGCCAUGCAGGCGCUGAUGCAGAUCCAGCAGGGUCUCCAAACCCUCGCCAGCGAAGCACCCAGCUUCAUACCCGGGAUUGGAUUAGGAGGACUGGGCGGAGUCAGCAGCUCCGCCCUCAUCCCUGGCCCCGCCCCCACAGAGCCUGAAACUGGCUCAGAGGUGGACCAGCAGCGGUUUGUGCAGGACAUGCUCCAGGCCCUCGCUGCCACAAACCCACAGGUGCAGACUCUGGAGGACAGCUUCCAGCAGCAGUUGGAGCAGCUGAGUGGGAUGGGCUUCCUGAAUCGCGAGGCCAACCUGCAGGCGCUGAUCGCCACCGGCGGUGACAUCACUGCCGCCAUCGAGCGCCUGCUGGGCCCCCAGCCCUCCUAGCCCCGCCCCUCCCCUCAUGUCUUAAAAACACACUUGGUUCAUCUCUGUCAGGCUACAUCAGUCCUUGGAUAAAAGCAUUUUAGUGCACCCAGCACCAUCCAUCACCCCUCCCAGCCCAGCCCUUACAGUGCUGGAUUGGCUAAAAGCAGCAGAACACACAGGAUUGCUACACACACACACACACACACACACACACGUUCUAUUCACACACAAACACACACACUCACGCGUGUUAUAUUCACACACAUACCCACACACACACACACACACACACAGGUGUGUGUCCCUGUCUCUCCCUGCUCAUUAACCCCGCCCGCUGGAGCGACAGUCACACCUGCUUUAAAUUCAGCCAAUCAUCAGAUGACGGCUGCAGUGACACGCUUGUUUAAACCACGAUUUCUCCGCCAUUAACCGAGCCUUAAACUCAGACAGCCGUGUAUUUAUUCAACUGUUAAUGCUGGUUAACACUGACCUUUGGGAAUGAGGAGGGAAAAGCGAUAAGCUGCAGGCAGGCCUGUGAAGUUCACUGCCCGUGAAGGACGGACUGUGCUGAUUGGAUGGUGUAAAAGCACAAGCGUGUCUAUUGGACGAGGGUACGGAACUUCAGCUGUGCUGGCCGGACAAGCCCUCGGGGGAUAACAGGGAGUCUCCCCCUGCUGGUCGGGAGUUUAGAAAUGUGUCAAAUGUGAAAAUCCUCUUUGCUUUUAAACUGCCUGUAUAAACAACACUAGCAAUUGUAGUAAUUAUGCACAUCUUGAGUUUUAAGGUGCUUUCACCUGUGCACAGGCAAAUAAAGUGGAGUGAAAAGAUA